CCGCGAUGAGUGAGCGUUCUGUUGAACUAAACUGAAAAACCAUCUGCAGAAAUGAGUGGCGCAACCAGUGCAACGCAGCGUCUUCAGCCGAAGCGUCAGACUCUUGACGAAGCGUAUGCACCACCGGCGAAUUUUCUCGAAAUAGAAGUGGUGAAUCCGAUUACUCAUGGAGUGGGAAAAAUGCGCUACACUGACUAUGAAAUCAGACUGAGGUCCAAUCUGCCAGUUUUCAAACAAAAGGAGUCAAGUGUGCGACGUCGAUACAGCGACUUCGAUUGGCUUCGUGGAGAGCUAGAGAGAGACAGUAAGAUUGUCGUUCCGCCGUUGCCUUCGAAAUCACUAAAGAGGCAACUUCCAUUCCGCUCUGAUGAUGGUAUUUUCGAGGAAGAUUUCAUUGAAAACCGCAGGAAAGGACUCGAAGUUUUCAUCAACAAGGUUGCGGGGCAUCCACUUGCACAGAAUGAACGUUCACUGCACAUUUUCUUGCAAGAACCAAUGAUCGAUAGAAACUAUGUUCCAGGCAAGAUCAGACCAACGUAAAGUUGUUCUUUGUUUGUGCGAAUCAUCAAUAAUUUAUUUUUUCUCGAUUAUCUACUUUCUUCCAAAAUGUCGUUCUGCUUUGUCAGCUUAUGGUCUUACUUUUACGUAAAAGCACAAUUCAUGUGAUUGCGGUAUGAAUGCUUAUGACAAAAGAUGUGUACACAACGCUCAAUGUGAUUUCUGAAAAUUGUACUGCAUCACGUGCUUACUCAUAGACUUUCAUUUGCCAAGUUUUCUCAUUUACAGCGCUUAUACCCAGUAUUGCUUUUUUAAAUUCUUCCAAUUUUGGCAAGAGCAGAGUGAUGCCACCCCUUCAUGCCUCCCCUAUGCAUUGUUCAUUAUGUAUCUAGAAUCACUGGUAGUCCUAAUAGAAAAACUUUUAUCCUCACGCGCAUACUUUUAUACGUUUUGAUUAUCCGUGCUUAUUUCUCGUGUUUCCAUACGUGCUCUUAUCGUCCAGAUUUGUAAAUAAAGUCCAUAAUAGUUUUGUGGUAAUUGGGGUGGUUGUUGAUGGUUUUUAUCUAUGCAAUGAUAUUUUGAGAUGUUUUACAGGUGUAUACCGAUGAUAGUAGAUUGUGAUUUCUCCGAUGUCUCUUUUACUUGUCCGUUUUAAUGAAAUAAAUUUUUUGCUAUU